GAUAUACCAGUACAGUAUCUAACUCCGUCACCGUUGUCAUGGUUGUUGUACGCAUAGAUCACCUCAAUUUUAUAAACAGGAUAUUCAGUUGAAAUGUAUAAGGUAACCAUGGUUGAGUCUGGCUAAAGUUGAUCCCCGCAUUGAUCAACCUAAGAUAUGCCCUUAAAGUCUAGCUGAAUCGUCGCAAAAUGGCAUCAAUCGUCGUCAAGGAAGGUGACGGUAAACAGGAAUCGAAUGGAGAUGAACGUAGUCAUGGUAGUGUUUAUGUGGAUAGCUUUCCAUCGCCGGAACUAACAACGCAUCCUUGCAAAGCUGAAUGCGACAACGUCCAACCUCAAGGUUCACCACCAAAGAGUCUGCUACUUCAUGACGAGAAACACUUUCAACGAAAUCAAGAUGUUCCUGGUAUUAGUACUAUCAAUGACUCAUCGGGGAACCCAAUAUCUAUCGAGCUUAGAUGUGACAUUAACCAAGAGCAAGUACAGACCGAAGAAAGCAUAAGGUUCCAAGGAGAAAAUCAGAAAGAGUCUCAGAAGAACCAAGAAGAUCAUGUAGCUGUUGGCAUUGCAAACGAAUCGCAGCUAUCGCCACCUGUCGAAUCCGAAUCGAACAUAGGACGUUUCUCAAAUGUUGACGCCACAUUUGUCUUAAUUGGGAUAUCGCUGUAUAUUGCGGACCUGGUGACGGAUAUUCUUGUCGGUGUGCAGUACCUGCGGCAAGGCGAUGUACUUUGGAGUGUCAUGACUUUUGUCUUUGUGUUUGUGCCGUCAUUGGUCUUGCAGUGCCUUAGCUUUCGAUGGUUCAUCUUAGAUCUUGAUGACGACACAAAGUACAAAUCAAAUUCGUCCUUAAGAAAGCUUUGGGCCUGGUUUAAGUGGCUAUUGACUCAUGUCUUACAGCUCGGAGCCAUCAAAAGAUACUGGAGUGUAUUCAAGUUCGGCAUACGUAGUCGAUUAGACGCCAAAUACUACCGUCGGAUGAUUAGUGAGCGUCAUGACGUCACCAUGUUACGUCUCCUAGAAUCAUUCAUGGAAUCGGCUCCUCAGCUUGUCCUACAAGUUUACAUCAUGGUGGAGGAACAGGAACUCUACUGGCUUACUGCUACAUCAGCCAUUGUGUCUCUACUCUCCCUUUGCUUUUCCCUUGGAAUAUACCAGAAAGCCUUACGAGACAAUCUCGAGUACAGCGAUCCACAGGCCAACAAAGGAAAGCUUUCUUACGGUCACGUGGUGCUACUUAUUUUUUGGCGCCUUUUUACCAUCACUUCACGAGUUCUUGCAAUGGCACUCUUUGGCUCAAUCUACGAGUGGUGGGUCUUCGUGCUAGCCGCAGCUCACUGGGCAGUGAUGACAGCAUGGCUGGUAUGGCAAGAUACAUCAUUUCAUGAAUCGAAAUGCGAUGAGAUUCCCUUUGAUGCAAUCAUAGGAAUUGUCCAUAUCUUCUGUUUCUUUAACAUGAAAGGAGGUCCGACGAGAUACAGAGCUAUUAUCUUUUACGUUAUUGUGUUCAUUGAGAAUACUGUAAUGUUUGGGUUCUGGUAUGCCGAGACGGACUCCCAGGAGGAAAGAUACGGCUUACCGGCGUUGGUAUUCGUUUGGGGCGGCUUCUUCGUCGGUAUCUUCUUGAUGUUGCUCUAUUACUACUGCUUCCAUCCAGAGAAGAUUCCCAUCUGCCUGUGCAAAGGCACCUCCGCAUAUGUCCCCAAUGCACAGAGUGGUGAGGUCAGAGGUCCAGAUGUGCAGAGAGGUGCAGGGGACGAAACGGACGGAAGCAUAGAGGUUGAUGGUGUACACAUAGCAAACGCACAUUCUCUGUCCAACGUGGGGGGAACAGUAACUUCGACAGAGACAUCUGGAGACGACAGGUACCGGUACCUCUUCUCCUACAAGUGGCGGCGUCGAAUUCACCCCAAGAUAUGA